UUCAUGCAAUCUAUCAAAUUCAAAGAGGAAGUUGAGUAUUAUUAGAUAUGAUAAUGGGAAAACCAUUCUGUGAGUGAUUAAAAUGUAUUGUGAUCAGUCUAAAUUGGGCUCUUUUAUUUACGAACUAUGUCAAUUAGUCAAAUCAGUUUCACUGAUGUUGAAUUAAAAGCCAGUAGUUAAAAUGAAGAUUGUGGUACUAUUUAUUUUCAUUGGCUAUUUUGUGGCAUUUGUUUACUGUGACUAUUAUGGUUCGGGAUUCCCUGCCAAUAGUCCUAGUUUAGACCCUGAACCGUUUGUUUAUAAAAAGAUUCCAAUACAUUAUUUAAGUUCAACUCACGGCAUUGGAUUUGCUGGUUACGGUGGAGGCGAUGGGCCAAUGAGGAAAUACAUGGGAGCUUUAUCACCUUAUCACCAUGUUGGAUAUCCAAUGCCAAACUAUUCAUAUCAUCAUCCCAAAGACCUUGGAAGUCUGAUCACAGUCAUAAAGGUCAGGCAGGACGGAUUGGUGUUAUUGGAGGAUGCAAAGAGUUCACUGGUGCACCUUACUACGCGUCUAUUUCAAGUCUCAAGAUAGGAGCUGAUUUAGUUUAUGUUUUUUGUCCUUCCGAUGCUGCUAUUCCACUUCAACGAUAUUCACCAGAGUUAAUUGUUUUGCCGUAGAUCUAGUC